AUGCAUCGAGAUCGGAGCCAACCUCUAAAAAAGAAUCUCCAUGCGUUCGCCUGGGCUGCGGAAGACAUGCCAGAGAUUGACAUCAACAUAACCUGCCACGAGCUGAAUAUCGAUCCAACCUUCAAACCAGUCAAACAGAAAAGACGAAAGUUGGGACCAAAGCGCACUACAGCGGUGAAUGACAAAGUAAAAAAACUGCUUAAAGUCGGAUCGAUAACAGAAGUAAGGUACCCAGACUGGCUUUCCAACCCUGUAGUGGGCAAGAAGAAAAACGGAAAGUGGCGAGGCUGUAUUUGCUUUACUGACCCUAACAAAGCCUGUCCAAAGGAUAGCUUCCCCUUAUCACACAUCGAUCGAUUGGUCGAAGCAACAGUGGGAAACGAACUCUUAUCCUUCAUGGAUGCCUUUUCGGGUUACAAUCAAAUUAUGAUGAACCCCGACGAUCACGAAAAAACUACAUUUAUUACAGAUCGCGGAACUUAUUGCUACAAGGUGAUGCCCUUCGGCCUCAGAAACGCCGGCGCAACUUAUCAACGACUCGUGAACCAGAUGUUCUCCGAACAACUCGGCAAAACUAUCGAGGUCUAUAUCGACGACAUGCUCGUCAAAUCCCUCCAUGCGGAAGAUCACGUGUCUCAUCUUGAGGAAUGUUUCACGUGA